GCCAAUUUGCGCAGAAACACCCAAAUGGCGCUCCGUCAGGUGCAGCUGUAAGCCCCGCCCUCAGCCGUGCGAAGGAUGGUUGCCGACUAUAGCCUGGUCGGUGGAGCUCGCUAGCACCACAGGUUGUAUCAACGAACAAUGAGGGUGACCCACGCAAAGCACGGCUUCCUGCGUGUCUGCUUAUUGACCUGCUUCCUCCACCUGCUGUGCUCCACCUGCGUCGCGGGGCCCCCGGCGGCGGCCCGCCGCGCGCUGAGGCGCAGCCGGCGGAGCCACCGUGGCGCUCACCACCGGCCGCUGACGGACGAGCAGAAGGCCGACCAGAACCUGCAGUUCAUGCUCAGUUUGUACCGGAGCGCAGCCGAACCCGACGGCAGACCCAAACAGCACCGGAAGUUCGGCUCCAACACGGUCCGCCUCCUGAGACCCGCGGCGUCCUCCGUGCGCUCCCUGCCCGCUUCAGGAGAUCUGACCUACACCUUCACGGUACAAUACAAACUGGACACUCUUCCCUCAGAGCAGCUCAUCAGAGCUUCUUUUAUCCACCUGCGCUCCUCUUCCACACCCUCAGGCACCACCCAGGCAAUAGAGCCGCCCCGCUGUCGUGCUCAGAUCACCUCACUGGGCGCCAGCAGCCUGGUGACCCUGGAACCCCACCAGCGCUGGACGGAGACGGACAUAACGGCACAUGUCAGCGCUCACAUCCUGCAGGAAAGGGAUCAGGGGGAGCGGGGACGCCUCACCCUCACCGCCCAGUAUUGGUGUGCAGCUCCUGCUGGCGAGGAUUGGGGCCCUUCAUGGUGGUGGACCCCGAUUUGGGGUAGAAGGCGCUGGAGCGGCGAGCCUCAGCUGGAAGUACCCUCUCUUCUACUGUAUUUGGAGGAGGAGAGGGAGGUGAAGGAGUGGAUGGGGGAUUUGCUCGGCGCUGAGGGGGAAAACCUCAUGAAGCGAAUCGGGUGGUGGGGGCAGCCUUCCAUUCGCCACCGGCGUAGCUCCAAGGAGGUAUCCCCUCCAGAUGCCAAAAAUUCUUCGCUGGACGAGCUGAAAAACGAACUCGCCUCCUCUUUGGCCUCCUCCCCUGCGUCCAUCUUCGACAACCCCAACUACAGACGCAAAACGGACGUCCCAAAGAAUCGUUGCAAGUUGCACUCCUUCAACCUGGCGUUCAACGAGCUUGGCUUGGGUCAUUACUUCAUCGCUCCGCGAGUGUACAACCCUCGAUUCUGUCAGGGCGACUGCCCCAAGGUGCUCCACUAUGGCUACCACUCCCCCAACCACGCCAUCAUCCAGACCCUCAUCAAAGAGCUGGGCGUGGGCGACGUCCCUGCCCCAUCCUGCGUCCCCUACAAGUACAUGCCCAUGAGUGUGUUGGUGGUCUACAAGAAGAAGGUAGACUACAGGGAGCUGGAGGACAUGGUGGCAGAGUCCUGCACGUGUCGUUAAGGCUAAUGACUCCACUGCUGAGCACUUGAACCCAGGGAGAGUCCAAUGGGGCCGAGUGCGAUGAGCUCAAGACUGAAACAAGUUUCCAAUCACUGUUAAAGCACUUUAAAAGUAGUUUAUCUGUGCGCAUGUGUGUUUACCUCCUUUUUCUCUAGUGUCAUUUUAAACCUGAUUCCUGCUUCACAUCAUGGCUGAACCUGACCCAAAACAUAUAUUAUUGUAUUAAAGGAAAAAAAAAAAUCUGGAUGAUGUUGCAACAGUCCUGAAGGCCAUUUUCAUUUGUAGCAAAGAAAAAUACGAUGUUUACCAAUUGGAGGGGGAAUAUUUUAAUGGACAAGGCAUCCGCCAUGUUGGAUGUACCUACUGAGGUGUUGCUGUGUCACUUAGUUGCUUUCUCCUAACGGAACAUUUGCUGUUUGGAUGCAUUUAAAUCUCUUCUGAAGAAAACUGCUGCUGCUGGGAUGUCCCAGUGGAUGACGACUGAAUAUGGUGAUGAAGAGGUAUGAUGAUGAUGUGGAAUGCUAAAAGGGAAA